AUGUUGACAUCCGUACAGUCCGUGAUGUCAACGUCGCCGUCACCAGCAGCUACUAUCACAACAACUACUACUACAACGUCACCAUCUUCUUCGUCAUCGUCUUCAUCAAUGACAUCAUCAUCAUCAUCGUCAGUAUCACCAUCAUCAUGUUUGCUAUCGUCAUUGUCAACUACAACCGCUACAACAAAUCCCUCAUCAACUGCUGCCGUUGCGCUCUACCAGCAGCUAGCCUCGUCGGCAUCGUCAUCCCAAUUACUGCAGCAAACCUCUCGAAAGCAACAGCAUCUGGUGGACGCAAACAUCUUCGCUAGUCCCAAAGCUGCUGCUACGUCUCCGUCGUCGGCGUCGUCGUCGCUGCUUAUCAACCAUCUUACCAACGGUAGCUCCGGACAGACCACGUUGCAACCUAGCUCUCGGCCAACUAAUGCAUGCGCUGUGGGAACUCUUCUCAAGCAACAACUCGCCAGCUGUGACAAGAUGCCAACACUGUCCAAGGGUUUGAAGAAGCACAACUCUUCGUCGUCCUCGAUUGUAAACGUGAAUGACAUAGCGGCCGGCUUGGCGAACGCUGUGGCUGCCGCGGUGGCGGAUGCCGUCACUGUUGCAACCAUCGGGAGAAACUUGAAUCUGAACCUCAACAACUACUCCCAGUUGCGUCAGCAGUUGGAGCUGCAAACGACGACAAACGGUGGUAGCCCGAGCAUCAUCGAUAGGACCGCCACCAGCACUUCAUCAGCGGAACCCUUGAGUGGUAGCCAGUUGAAACAGUUUCUUAGCGGCACAAGCGGGUAUCCGGGGAGUGGCCGCGGCAGCAGCAACAGCAACGGCAAUAACAACAGCGUCAGCAACAAUCAUCAUUCCCAACAACAGCAGUAUCACUACCGCCGGGGAGGCGGAAAUACCGCAAUUUCUGCGGGUAUAAUCGACAGUAGCAGUAGCUCUAACGCCCGAAAUUGCUUGCCCGUGACAUCGUCGUCGCAGUCUGCUGCCGUAUCGCUGGGGUCGGCGUCCUCGAUCGCAGCUUCCGUUUCGAUGCGUAGUGAUAUCUGUUUACAGUAGAGUGUGCAGUACGAACAACGGCAGCGCGUUGAGUGUGUAGGGAUGUCUCCACCAAAGCAAGGAGUACCACCACGUGGAAACAAAAAAAAAGGCAGUUCUUUGCUUAGAAAAUCUAGUUUCAAGAUAGUCUCUCGUUAGUACGAUUCUCUUAGUAGUAGUACGUAUGUAUCAAUAAUAACCAUAUGAGUAGAGCAAGAGGGAGAGGAAAAAUGAAGAAAAAAAAUAACCAUGGAACAACAGAAAAUUCACACAAGGGACAUCGUUUGAGUAUAAUUUUCAGUAUCGUUUUCUCAUUUUUUUUUACAAAAUAAAUAUGGUCCCUUUGGCAAGGCGAAGAACGAACUAGUUUGAACAGAGCGGAAAGAAGAAAUGUUUUCUCCGGAGUUUUCUUCUCAAAUCAAAACACUUUUCUCUCCUCGUGCUACGUUGUCUACAUGUCCAGUCGGGUCAGUUGCGGGACGUUUUUCGACCGAACAGAAGGGAAACGCCCGGCCGGGACAAAGCGGGCCGAUGCAGAGGGAAGUGAAAUCAUUUUAAUUCAAAUAAAUUAAAUUAAUUUAUACAAUGUGAUAUUUUUGUCUAUAUAUGUUAGCUAAUAUAAUAUAAUUAAUUAAACGAAACAAAUGAGAAGAAACAGAUGCGAGAGGUGGAAGCCCAAAAAAAGCGGAGAAAGCGCCAAAAUGAAUCCCUGUAAUUCUUUUUUUGUUGUUUGGAAAUUAUAAUACGAAAAUAUCGGAUAUCUAUUACACAUACACACUACUGAGCAAAAGCAUUACUCAACUUUUGGGAAACAAAGCUGUUCUACAUAACACAGAUAAAAUUCGCUUCAAAAUUGUUCAUGUUCGUAGCAUUCUUGUGAGGUAUUUUUUAGGAGUUGAACCUUGUUUUUUAUAUAUCGGUAAAAUGCUUAGUUUUUAAUCUUUGGUUUACUUAGGCUGCAUAUCGUUGAGGACACCUCGAAAUUUACAAAAUUGGAUUCGCGUUCUUGGCAAGUUGGUGUUUUUCCCGUCCUAGUUGAGAAGGUGUUCAUUUUUCAAACAAAUCAAUGUAAGACAAAAAACAAGCUAUUAUUGCUAGUUAUAUAAUUAUUUGUUUUAGUCGCUACUUUUUAACAAACGAAAAACUCGUUAGGUGAGACAGAAAAACAAAACUUCCGCGAAACACGGUGAAAUUCCUGAUGGAAAAAAAGAAUCACUGAAUUUAUUUGACGAAAAACUUGGAGCAAGGAAAAAUAUAAAACAAAACAAAAAUUAUUGAAACAGACAAAAGUAAGGAUUGAUAUAAAAGCAAGCAAAAAUUAAACACGAAUAAAUUUAGUAGCUUUAUAUGUGAUUAUAACUCUAUGAAUAACUAUUUCGGAACUACCGUUAACAAUAAAAUUAAACCUAGAAAAUCUGAUCGCGAUUCUGUUCUGCCCUGUUGUUUUUUCAUACCGUGCGGAAUAGAUGCACCUCCCGCGUUUUUGUAAUGUUAUCCAGCAGAACGCGGCGCCGGGCAGCAGCUCUUCUCUUAUUCCGGUCCUUCUCGAUGAUCCCAUCGAUAUCACCUAACGUUUUUCCCACACUUCUUCGGCCUGUAACGAGAAGCACUACUACUUAAUAGGCGUUCAUAUUACUUCGAUCUACUAUAUAGGUGUAAUUAUGUACACUAAGCUAUACCAAAAAAAACAUAAAUGUUAGGAGUAAAACAUAACGAAGUGCGCACCGGAGAACGAGAAGAGAUUCUGUCCCGCCCAUAGCGGCUCCCGGAACGCCGCUACUUUGUUUGUUUUUUCUUUGAAACGACUGUGGUUUUACUGCGCUUCUCCCGAUCGACGCGCGCGUCGCGGAACUUUAUCGUUACGAUACAAACCCACCAAUCUAAGUAAAAUGAUAGCAAUACGCUUGAUGAACGCAAACAGCAGAUGUGUUUUCCACAGUGCUUCGUGAGAAGGACCUGGCUGUGCAAAAAUAGAGACCACAAGCUUCGGUUUUUUACUUUGGUCAAAUUCUGCUGCAACCGUUUUUUUUGCGUUUCCUGAGUUCAAAAUUUAGUCGAAACAAUGUAUGCUUUGGACAAAGAAAGGAUAAAACGUGAGAAAACAGGCAACAUACACUAACUGUGGUUCUGAUCUCGUAAACAACUAGGGAGUAAAUUAUUCAAGUUACGCCUUUAAUCAACAAUCUGAGUCGCUAAUUCGGUUCAGCGGGCUGAAAGAAUCAUUUAAUACGAUUUGAUCGUCUCAAAAAUCGCGCAUUGACUAUGAAAAAAAAAUCUACCACGGCACAAUCCCGAUCUGAGAAUUUAAAGAGGAGUCGAAGAAAGAAAAAAAAUGUCAGUUUUGUGUACGCUUGGCAAUCGUGUGUUCCGUUCGCAGUUGAAAUUCGCACAUACACACAUACAAUAUUUACAUCAACAAAAAAAAGGAAAGAAGCACCAUCUCGAAAGCAAACAGAACAAAUAAGAAAAAAUAAAAAUACAAUGAAAUCGAAGCAAACAAACAAUAAUGCUGAACGAGAGAGAAAAAAAAACACAUGAAAUCUAAUUACUGUGUAACAUAUAUUUUGUGUAUAAUUGAGACUAGUGAUAAUUUUGAUAAGAUCAAUAACAACGAUGGUCACGAUGGCAUUGUUGACGGGGAAAUAUAAAGAAACAGGAAGGACUAGGGACACAUAGGAAAGGCGAGGAAACGUUUGAAGAAACAUAACUUCAUAUAAAGCAAAACAUAACAUAAAGCAAACAAAAAAAAACCGUGUGAUGGUAGCAAAUAGCGCUGGUAAACCGUUGCUAGCAGAGACCCCGAUCAUUGCGGAAUCUGUGAUGGGUGUAUACUAAAGAAAAAAAAAUGGAAAGGGAGAGCAGCGUGUAAUCCAGGAGCGCAAAUGCAGCCCCCGGCCGCGCAUAGCAAAAGGAUUUUAAGGAGACAUUCGCGCAGCGGCAGCAUAAUAAUCCAGGCAGAAAAGUGAGAGCGGUAAACAAAAUGAAAAAAAAAAACAGAACUAAGAGUAAAAGUAAUAAUGAUGGAAAUAAGUUUUUAACUUUUAAGGUGAUCUACAAAUCAAGUACAUUGAAUAAAAAAUGUGAGAAAAUGAAAA